AUGAUCCAUGCUGCAAGAGGGUUGAGCCGCAAACCGACCUCCAGCGACGAGAGCACCACCGCAGAGAACAGUGAUGUGGACACUCCUGGAACCUGCUUGGAGGAGUCUCCUGUCUGGGUCUCUGGUACAACAGCUCCCACCGGGGAGGCCGAGCCAAACAUCGUGGUCAGGAGCACCUUCCUGGACAUCAACGAGGGUGGCCUGAUGCAGCAGUACAGAAAGCUUCGUCGCACCGUGUCAGAUAGUUGUUUGGAUGGAGUGCACCAGCAAGUGUACGUGCCCGGCGAGUACAGCAAGAAGCGAGCGGCGCAACGUGCACCAACUGGGUCUUGUGCAAAGCCAAGAAGCAGCCUACGCGUUACCAAGGCAACUGGAGGUGGCACGGUGAUGUUGAGGAACUUGCCAAACAACUACACUCGGGAGAUGCUCCUGGCCUUGUUGGACAAACACGGCCUAGGUGGGUGCUAUGACUUUGUGUAUUUGCCCUGCGACUUCAAGCGAGAUGCGAAUCUGGGCUAUGCAUUCGUCAACUUGGUGGACACUGAGGCAGUGCAGUCCUUGUGGAAGACCUUUGAUGGUUUCUCUGGCUGGAGCCUGCCCAGCUCCAAGACCUGUCAAGUGAAAUGGAGCGGACCUUUGCAGGGUUUUGACGCUCAUGUUCAACGGUACAGAAACAGCCCAGUCAUGCACAAGAGCGUGCCCGAGAAGUACAAGCCGGUGAUUUUCAAGCAUGGCCAACCCGUUCCAUUCCCAGAGCCGAACCGGAAGGUCAAGGCCCCGACGAUGUGA